AUGCCAAUCAAAGCAAUCCUCUUCGACUUCAUGGGCACCUGCCUAGACUGGCACACCCCCAUAACCGCCUCGCUCCCCCCAUCCCUCCCGGAACCCACCCGCUCCCAACUCGCCCUCGCCUGGCGGCAAGCCUACUUCGACCACAAUGCGGCCCGCCUGGCCGCUGGCCUCCCAACAGAGGACAUCGACGUCUCGCACCGCACGACCCUCUCCGCCCUGCUCGCCAAGUCCCCGCCCGACGUCCAGGCCGCCUUCACGCCGGAAGCAGUCGACGCCGCCAUCGCCGCGUGGCACGCCCAGCCCGCGUGGCCGGACGUCGCGGGCGCGCUGGAGGGGCUGCGGGCCUGGGGAGCGCGGGGCGGGAAAGGGGUGGAUGUCAUCGUACACGCCAACGGCACCGCGCGCCUGCAGCUGGACCUGUGCCGCUCGUCUGGGCUGCGCUUCGACAUCUUGCUGUCCAGCGAGUUGCUGGGCGUGUACAAGCCCGCGGCGGAGAGCUACCGCCGCGCGUUGGAGCUGUUGCGGUGCGAGGCGGGGGAGUGCGUUAUGGUUGCUGCUCACGCAUAUGAUACCCGCGGCGCCAAGGCGGUGGGCAUGAAGACCGUGUAUGUGUACCGCUGGACGGACGACAUCAACGAGGACCAGGAGGUCGUGAGGCGCGAGAACGACGCAUACUUGGAGAGCAUGGACGGGCUUGUCGAGACCGUGGCGCGGCUGAGUUAA